AUGGUCUUGGCCAAAAGAGAUGGUUUAACAUUAAAAGAUCCAAAAGGAUUUGGAUACUUAAAGUCACUUAAGAACUUUUUGCAGUUUUGCCUAGCAUCCAAAAGGAAAGACAACAUGUGGUACUUAGACAAUGGAUGCUCUAGGCAUGUGACUGGAAAGUUUACAUUUUUCAUCAAGCUAGACAAGUAUGAUGGAGAUUUCGUAACUUUUGGCGAUAAUGGUAAAGGAAAGAUAGUGGCCAGAGUUCAGAAUGCAGGAGAUAAUUUGGUUUUGUCUCCUGAUGAAGCAGGAGAUUCCAGAACUGGUAAUAAUGUCUUGUGUGAAGAUUUUGGAAAACUAAUUACUAGUGACUUUGAUAUGAGUAUGAUGGGAGAACUUACAGUCUUUCUUGGACUUCAAAUCAAACAAACUCCUAGUGGAAUCUUUGUACACCAAGGUAAAUAUGCCAAAGAAUUGGUGAAGAAAUUUGGUUUAGAAAACUCCAAACCAAUGAGCACUCCUAUGCAUCUAAAUACUAAACUUGACAAGGAUGAGAAAGGGAAAGAUGUUGAUGAGACACGGUCGCAGGGAGACGAAACUGGAAAAAUGAUGAACUCCUCUAUAAGGCUUGAACAAGGCCCAGAAAUCUUCUGA